AUGGCCGCGGAUGCUGUUGCUGGAGGCAGGGAGAGCCAGCCGACGACAUCGGACGAGACGGUGGUGGCCGGCGGUACGGUGGUGCUCAAGUGCCAGGUGGAGGAUCCUGACGACUCCUCACUGCAGUGGUCCAACCCUGCGCAGCAGACCCUCUACUUCGGGGAGAAGCGAGCCCUGCGAGAUAACAGGAUCCAGCUGGAGAAGUCCACACCCAACGAGCUGACCAUCAGCAUCAGUGACGUGGUGCUGUCAGACGAGGGGGAGUACACCUGCUCCAUCUUCACCAUGCCCGUGCGGACUGCGAAGGCCCUGGUCACCGUGCUGGGAAUCCCCCAGAAACCCCAAAUCUUCGGCCACGAGCAGCCAAUUGAUGAGGAGAAGGUCGCCCGGCUGACCUGCCGCUCCUCUGGCAGCAAGCCCGCAGCCCAGCUCCCGUGGAAGAAGGGCAACAAGGAGCUGAAGGAUGAGGGCACGGAGGUGGUGGAGGACCCCAACGGAAAGACCUUCACCGUGAGCAGUCGGGUGGAGUUCCGUGUCACCAAGGAGGACAACGAAGCCGAGGUGACCUGCACCGUGGACCACGAGUCCCUGCAGAACUACAAGCCAACAGCGAAGAUUGAGCCACAUCCCCAAUACCCACGGGAGGGCGAGAAGCUCCAGCUGCAGUGCGACGGGCAGGGCAACCCCAUGUAA